UCAACGCUCUUCAACACCCUGCUGCGCUCUGACUACUGCAAGUCCCGUGCCCCCGAUGCCAUCGACAGGGCCACCGUCUCCCCCUGGCCAGGAACAACACUGAACCUGUUGAAAUUUCCAAUUAUUAAUCCUACAUGUGACAGGAUAUUCCGAAGAGAGGAGAGGCUGAAAGAGGAGGCGACAAAAACAGAAAAUGAGCUAAGCAGUGAAGAAAAAAAGUACCUUAAUCACCUUAAAAAGCAAGGGUACUUAGUGGGAAGAAUUGGAAGAACAUUUAAACGGCAGAAGGCUAGCACUGUGGUUGACUUUGACCCUGACAUGCUCUCGUACAGCAUAGAUGAAGAUCCCAGACCUUCCCCUAGGAAGCAUGAGAAAAGGGAAGAGUUCACACACAACGAAGUGAAGGAUGCUCGCUGGUGUUUUGACACUCCAGGGAUUGUAAAGGAAAACUGUGUUUUAAAUCUCCUGACAGAGAAAGAAGUAAAACUGGUUUUGCCAACACAUGCCAUCAUUCCACGGACCUUCAUUCUCAAGCCAGGAAUGGUCUUGUUUUUAGCAGCCUUGGGACGUGUAGACUACUUACAGGGAGAAAAACCUGCCUGGUUUUCUGUUGUGGCUUCUAACCUGUUGCCAGUCCGCAUUGCUACCCUGAGUAAUGCAGAUGCCCUCUACAAGCAGCAUGCUGGCCAAGAAUUACUAAAGGUUCCCAUGGGCGGGGAAGAGCGAAUGAAGGAGUUCCCUCCACUUGUCUCUCAGGACAUUGCACUGAAAGGAAUUGGUACCACUGAGGCAGUUGCAGAUAUCAAGCUUUCCUCUGCAGGCUGGGUGGCAGUGACAGCUCACGCAGAAGAGAAAUUGCUGCUCCGAGCCUAUACUCCCCAGGGCACCGCAUUGGUGGUGCGGGAGCCUCCCCUUUUGCCAUACAUCAGUGCCAUCAGAGGGCCCCGGAUUGCAGGCACUGCUGCCUAUAGGACCAAAAAACCUCCGUCCCUGGUGGAAAACCUGAAAAACACGAGGAGAUAGCACUUCUCAUCAUCUGAGCAAGACAGAAGACACAACAGCCUCUGGAGAACCUUGUUGCUUAUUGAUAUUCAGGAGA